AUGUUUCAGUCUAUGAUUAUAGAUCGAAUAAAAAAUACGUUCUUUGGAGAACUAAAGAGUUGGAAUUUCUCAAUUUACGCUCAAUGGCUCGGUAUUCUUUCGAUUAUCUUGUGUCUUAUCUUGGGGAUUGUGAAUUUGUUUCAUGUUACGUUAGUCGUCUUGUUCUCGGCCUUGACCAUUGUGGAAGGUGUACUAUUAGUUUUUAUUGAACUUCCCUUCUUGGCACGCAUUUGCCCUGUUUCACAAAAAUUUCAAACGUUUACAGACACUUUUGCAAGCAACUAUUAUCGCGGGCUUAUCUAUGCGAUUUUUGCACUGGUGACCUUCUUGGGAUGCAUUUUCUCGAUUACUAGUUUGAUCGCCGCUGGUGUGGUCUUGGGUUUGACCGGGAUUUGUUAUACCUUUGCAGGAAUCAAGGGCCAGGCAUUUACUUCGAGCUCUACCCUCGGUGGAACCGGAGGAGGAAACAACGACGCACCCGCUGGCAUGGUGUAA